CGCUGCCAUUUCACAGUGUCGUUCAUACUUUCAAAGCAUUUGUAUCUCAGAAAUGCCACCUAUCCCUUUCUCCCCCGCCCUCAGCGGCGCCGAAGUCAAUAAGCCCCUUCCCGGCACCAAUAUCGCAGGGAAAAACGCAUUGGUCACAGGUGGCGCAUCCGGAAUCAGUGCCGCUAUUGGUCGCGUAUUCGCGGAAAAAGGCGCAUACGUUACGCUUGUCGACAGAAAUGAAGAACUUGGAAACAAACUUGCCACAGAGCUGCAAGCCAAAGGGCUCCGAGUGCAGUUUGUGGCUGCAGAUGUCACAUCAUGGGAUUCACAAGUCCAAGCUUUCAAAUCAGCUAUCCGAUUCCACCCCGCUCAAACUCUCGACAUUGUAGUCUGCGGAGCCGGCAUCUUUGGUGAGACCUUCGUGUACCCCGACGAACCAGAUCUCAAAUCGCUCGACCAAGAUCCGCCACAGCCGGAUAUCGCAGCUUAUCACGUCAAUGCCAUCGGCGCACAUUUCACUGCCAAGCUCGCGCAGCUGUACUUCGACCUGCCCCCCCUUGCACCACCGUCAGGACAGCAGCAGCAGCAAAACUAUCCGAAGUCACUGAUCCUCAUUUCUUCUCUCGCGUCCUACUUCGAUAUCCCGUUGAUGUCGGAGUACGGGGCAUCCAAGUUCGCUGUGCGCGGGCUUUUCCGCAAUAUUAAACCCGUUCUUGCAAGCCGCGGACACAGAGUCAACUUGAUCGCGCCUUGGAUCAUCGAUACCCCAUUGACAGUGGACUGGAUUAAGAUGUUUGCUGCUGCUGGCGCGCCGCAUGCGGACAUGAAAGAGGCGAUUACUGCGGCAAUGAGGUGUACAGAUGAUCUUCGCGUCAAUGGCCGUGCGUUUGCCAUUGCGCCAGGAAGAGCGAUUGAUUUGUGUGAUGAUUUGGAGGGAGUAGAUGCUGGACCGGCGAUGAAGAAGUACUGGGCGGAGUUUUUGCAGGGGUGGGAUGAGAUUGAGACGAGGAUGUUUAAGAUUAUGGGAUUUUCCAAAAGGCUGCCAAAGCUUUGAAGCUACCGAGGGAGAUAUCUGAUUGGCCCCUUUAGAAGAUCAUUCUUUUGAUUGUAUGCUGUAAGUCAGCCUUGUAGUUCACCGAGGUUGAAAUCAGUAUUACAGCAUCCAGCCUUUCAUCAGCGGG